CUGUGUCAGUCAUUAAAUAAAAGUAAAUAAAUUGUUUAUUGUGACACUUUUAAAAUUUACUUAUAAAUAAAGGAGAAAAUUCAAAGUAUCUUCAUUUUGCGUUAUUUAUAAAUAUGAAGUGUGUUUUCUUCGGUUUAUAUUUUCUGUUUUGUGCAUCUUUUUGUAGUUGCACUAAAUUGCCUUCAAGUUUUCUAAAAUGCGACAAAAAUCAAACCAAUUUCCAAAAAUGCCUAAUAAAAGCCGUUACCAAUGCCUUGGCUCAGUUGAACAAACCAUUCAAAGAAGUUGGGUUACCAAACAUGGAACCAUUGGAGGUUCCAUCCUUGACCAUUGGGGCCGGAUCUGGGGCCGUCAGUUUCCAACAAAAUUACAAAAAUCUCAAAAUGUCCGGUUUCACCCAAACAACAUGCCCGAAAUUUGAUGUGAUUUUUCCCGAGAGUAAAAUUUCGAUGAGUUGUGCCUCUCCGGCGAUUACCAUGGAUUUCGAUUAUGACAUAAAUGGUAGAAUUUUACUCUUGCCGAUUUUUGGAGACGGUCCUGGAUCCAUAAUUUUGGAUCACAUUGGAGUGGAUAUUAUCUUCCAUUUUGAAGAAUACGAAAAGAAGAACAAAAAAUACUACAAAAUCAAAAGUACAGAACUUUCAAUGACCCCAAAUUUGAUCAAAUUUGAUUUGAAAAAUCUGUUUCAUGGAGAUAAAGCUUUGGGUGACAAUAUUCUCAAAGUUAUGAACGAAAAUUGGGAAGAAGUUUUCCGGGAUGUUAAAUCGGGAUAUGAAAAGGCCUUCGCCCAGAUUUUUACCUCGAUUUUUAAUAGAUUGCUCGAAAGAAUUUCAGUCAAUGAACUUUUUGGUGGUGAAUAAUUUUGAGUUUUAAAUAAAGAUUUUUUUGAAGAA